AUGGCCGAGGAUCCAGCGAUCCGCGCGCUCUUUGGACCAGCACCGGCCAAUGUCGACCUUACUGCGAGCGCUGUCGCCGUGAACAAUGCGGCUGUUGUUGCCAUGCUCGUUUUGGCUGCGGUGGCGGUCAUGCUCCGCUUCACUGCGCAACUGGUCCUUGGAAAUGCCCUCAUGGCCGACGACUGGGCCAUCAUUGCUGCCCUGGUGAGUGCCACGACUGGGUUAAGCAUCACGGGAGGUAUGACUGGUGCUGGGAAGCACAUUUGGUCCGUCACACUGGAGGAACUGAUGCACCUUUACCGACUUUUAUUCUCCUAUACCUUCAUCUACGCCUCCUCCUGCACCUGUACCAGACUCUCCAUUCUUUGUUUCUACUGGAGAGUCUUCUCGCCCCUGAAGCCGAUAUUGAAAGUUGCACUGUGGUUCGGCGCUUUCCUGACACUUGCCUACCCGAUCAUCGUUUGGGUGGCCAUGAGCAAUUCGUGCAAGCCCGUCACAUACUUCUGGACGCAGUUCGGCGGGACGAGCGGCAAAUGCAUCGACCUGCAGAUGAGUGUGCAGAAGAAACUGGCCAUCAGCGGAAUCAUGGCGGUGGGUAUUUUUGUGUGUGUUGCCAGCAUCGUUCGCAUCCGAUACCUGUCGAUCUUCAUGAGCUCGACGGAUCUAACCUGGCUGAUGGGACCCGUGUUCAUCUGGUCCAGCAUUGAGCCAUCGGUCGCUGUCGUCUGCGCUUGCAUGCCUCAUCUUGCACCUCUGGCGCGGCUGGCUCAUCGGACCCUCGCGUCCAGUUUCCAUUCCCGACGAUCGACGACCGAGUCAUCUGGACGACCACGAAAGCUACCAAGUGGAUCGAGGCAGGGUGUUCAAAAGGGCCACCGAUUCAGCCAGCAAGGACCAACGUUUGACUUCGGGUUUGAGCAGCUGAAGAAGACGGCCAAUGACGACGAGAUCGGCCUGACGAAUUAUGUUACGGCGAGGCCCAACUACAUGGGCAAGCCCUCGUCCAUCGAAUCAGUCUCGGAGGUGGAUGGUCGUGCUCAGGAGAUCGCGGUGCAGUCGAGUUUUGUGCAGUCGUCUUCACUGAAGAGCUCCCUGUGA